UUGACCUUAACUAUUCUACAUUUAACCAGGCUAAGUCAUCGAACCACUGUUACUCCAUUUCUCUGUUAAUUUUCAUCUCAACUUAUCCAUCUAUUUCUUGCAUCGUCCUCCUUCCUCUCUCCCAUCAUCUUCCCAACUCACUGUCUUUUAUAACACUUUUAGUUUCUCAUUUACCCUUGCCUAGUAAUUUUAUACUCUCUAUGUUUAUCUUUUUUUUCUGGUUCUUGAAAAACUGUCGAAACUUUAUUUCAUAACUUGCAUCCCUGUCGAUCUUCAUCGCCAUUCACUUUUCCUUCUACCUCUUCUCAAUCAUUAUCGUUAUUCUCAAUUUGUAUACUGUUCUGCGUUCAAACAACCAACAAAACCAUUUUAACAUCCGCACUUAUAAACCAUUUAUAUAAAUACUUUAUUUAAAUACACAUAAAUAUUACCCAUUGUUAAAUCUUGUUCAAUUGUUGCCUGAUACUAAACAAUCUCGUUUAUUAGAAUUCUAAUUUAUAAGUAUUUUUAAUACUUGUCAACUGUGCUUUAAUUUGCCUCCAACUUAUUGAUUGCUUAUUUUUUGCUCAUCUCCUGAACAUUUGUCGCCUUUUGAUCGUUCACUAACUGUUUCGAUCAAAUUUUUGUGUCAUUCUCAUCGUUAAUUUGUUGUUUUACCCUCUUACUGAUUGUUAUCGUCAUAUUUUCAUCGUUUUUUUCCUUCUCUCUUCAUUAAAAAUGCUUCCAAUAUUAUCUCAAAGAAAACCCAAAAUGCUGAAUAUUUGUGGAACUUCAAGGCGACCCAACAAUCGUGGACGUUUAGGCUGCUUUACUAGCCUAAAAGCUGCUUGGACUUUGGCUAAGAUUCUUCAUUAGAAACCUUUCAAGAGAGCGAGAGUGAAAAGAGGUGAGCGAGUGUGUGAGAAAAGAUAGAGAGAGAGAGAGAUUCAACCAUUUUCACCAGUAUUCCAAAUUAUUUCAACCAACCAGAUAUCCAGAUUAAAUUCAAUAGUCCAGUGAAAGUCCAUCCUUGAUUGUGUGGUCAGGGCAGAGAGAAAAACUUGACUCUUUCAAGCUGUUCAUUUCACCUGACUUCUCCUCAGUCAUCUUUUACUUUCUCUCUGCCCUUCCAUCAGCCUUAACUAGCAUCUAAGUCCCUUUUCAUCGUCUCCGUCUAUUACUUCAUCUCCGUCUUUGUCUUCAGUAACAAUCCAAUAACAUCCCAUGAACAGUCAAUAAACCCACCACUAACAUAAACAUAAACAUCUACAAAUUUCGCUGCAAUCCGUCUCUAUCUCAUUUCUGUCUCUAUUUUUGGUUUUCUUGUCAUCUCUGUUUUUGUUGAAAUCUUGAAAAGAUAUAUACAAUUAUACAUAUAUACAUAUUGAAACAAUAAGAAAUACAAUAUACAAAAUACACAAAGAUAUAACUCGAUUAAAAACGCAAAAAUACAUAUCUUAAUCCUGUCGAUCACCAUCUUCACUCGUAACCGACAUCAACUGUGCAAUUGAAAUAACCAAAUCUUAGCUGAAAAACAUUUCUCUUUGAGUUCUGGGAUUUUGGAGUUGAAAUUUUCACCUUUUCUCCAUGGAUUAACAUUAACAUACAUUCAAGACGAGUAAUUAAAUUUAAAAUCGUAAUAUUGUUCACUAACAUGUCGUUGAUUCGGUCAACUUGCUGUGGACUUCAGCCAAAUUGGUUUGGCGGAUGGUUCAAGCACUGUGAGCCACCGGAAUGUUGCUGUGGUUGCUGCUCCGCUUUGCGGCCUCGAUAUAAACGCUUAGUUGACAAUGUUUUCCCAGCCUACCCUCAGGAUGGUUUGGUCAAAAGUAAUAUGGAAAAGCUUACCUUUUAUGCUUCAUCCUCACCAGAAAAGCUGGACCGAAUUGGUGAUUAUUUGGCCCAAAAAACAGCUCGGGAUCUUGCCCGGCAUCGAAUGGAAUUUGUCAAACUUGCUAUGGAAGUUAUGGAUCAAAUAUUAGUUGCGUGUCGAGCUCAAUCACUCAAUUUGUUUGUUGAAAGCUUCCUGAAAACUGUACAACAAUUAUUGGAAAGUCAGGAUCCUCACAUGCAACUUUUAGCGACCCAAUCGUUCGUUAAUUUUGCCAAUAUCGAAGAGGAUACUCCAUCCUAUCAUCGAAGAUAUGAUUUCUUCGUUUCAAAAUUUUCAGCUCUUUGCCAUAACAAUGACAAUGAUGAAAAUAUACGCCGUAUGUUACGGAUAGCUGGUCUCAAUGGCAUUAAAGGUGUAAUCCGUAAAACAGUUUCCGAUGAUCUUCAAGCAGACAUUUGGGAUAAAAAUCACAUGGAUAAAAUAGUUCCAUCUUUACUUUAUAAUAUACAAGAUCGUGACAUUUUAGCCGAUCUUAAAGCAAAUGGAUCAAAAUUGUAUGAAAAUGAGCAAAAUCCAGCCAAGAUUGCUGAAGUUUGUCUGAGAGAGCUUGUUGGUCGAGCUUCAUUUGGUAACAUUGAAUCUGUUAUUAGGCCUGUAUUAAAGCACCUUGACAAUCAUAUGUUAUGGGACUCUUCGUAUCCGGACGGAUUUGCUCCAGUUAUUUUCAAAAUCAUCAUGGACUCAAUACAACCCCAACAUUACCAUGAAGUGAUACAAAAGUUGAUGAAUCAUUUGGAUGAAAAGUGUAGAGCCACAAUGGAUGAUACAGCAAUGAAAACUCGCGAGAAAACUGGCAUUGUUAAUGUACUUUCACAGAUUGUUGCUAUUGCAGCAUCAGAAUCGAUAGGACCAUCAGUACAUGUGACAAUAAACUCUUUGCUUAAUCAUUUGCGAAACUCCAUUCAUAAUUGUGAGAACGGAAUGGAAAGUACAGAAGAUGAAAAACGAUUCCAAGACUCGGUUAUCAACACUUUAGCCGAGUUUGCAAAUAACUUGCCCGAUUUCCAAAAAAUUGAGACCAUGGUCGUAAUUAUAAAUAAAGUACCUCCGAUAUCAUCCAAAAACCCGGCUGAUAUUGAGCUUCAAGAUAUACUGUUGAAAAGUCUGCUCAAAGUCAGUUCCAAGUAUAGAACAGUUAACAUGGCUCAAGCUUUUAAAUAUUCAUUCCUUCGCCCUCUCCUUUCAAUGUCACUUGCCGCUGAUGCUAAAAUACGUUUGACUGUGCAAUACAUUUUUCACCAACUUCUUGAUCGUCAUGAUAAUCUUCCUAAACUUCUUAAACCAAUAUCGCUAUCUGAAUGUCCCGAGUUGACUAUGGAAAAAGCUCAGCGACAAGAUUUAAUGUUUAUGAGUAAACAUGGUUCCGAUCUGUUGAUGCACAUUUAUGAAAAUGCCAAAUUUUCCAACAACACUCAGGAUCAUUUUGAUGCCAUCUUUACAACUUUAGCCCUUCUUUGUGUUGAAAUGAGUUCGGAAGAGAUUUUAUCAGAAUUAUUUAGAGUAGCUUUUGCCUUACAAGACUUGUGUCUUUCCGGUAAUUCAAAUCCAGGAGAGUCCAGGGGAUUGUCAGAAGUUCAUAAGUCAGCUAUCCAUGGGAUUGUGGCAGGAUUCUUCCAUCUAACAGCUGGACUUACUGCGAUUCCACUCCUUUGUUCUCAUGUUGAGCAAAUAAUUGCACUGCGAGGAGAAAAGUGCCCAAACAUGUUACCCGAAUACCAUCACCUUUGUAAAACUGCAUUUUUUGAACCGGAAAAGGAGAAGAAAACGCCUGAUGAAAUACCAGAAGAACUAUUAUUCAGUAAAAGUAUCGUUGCUGAAUCUUUGAGGAGCAGUGGUCAUGAUACUACCCGUUUAUUAACACCUUUUGUCUCGAACAACGUCGUUGUUGACGCAAGUAUGUCUCGAAGUGCCAGUGAUUUGAAUUCAAUAAAUGUUGAAGUUGACAGUAAUAACUCUUCCCCAAGGGCUGUUAGGCGUUUUCCUGGUGAAGAUAUUACAUUUGAAUCGAUCCGAAGGAUACUUUAUGAACCUCCUAGUGUUGCCAAUGAAUUACGAGAAGAGAGGCGUCUUCAGAUUCUCGAAAGAUUUGAAACUGAAUCUUUUGAAUCCUUAAUUGCUCAAACUGAAGACAAGGGACUUAAUUUCCAACAUCAAUUGAAUGAUAUUUUCAAUCGCGUGAUGCAUGAUGAAAAAAUCAAUGUGAAGAUAAAUGAAGUUUGUUCAGAAAAAAUUGAGAUCACAACAAACCCGUUUGCUGGCUUAUGUAAUCUAACAAUCAAUCCAAGGAAACCACCGUUAUUUGCUGUACAAUUUCCGGAGCUGUUCGUUUGUUGAACACAAAACGAGAGAAUUCAAAUGAAAAAUGUUUUCAUUUCAUCUCCAUUCAAGUCACCUUAAUAUAUAUAUACAUGAAUAGCUCAAAAUCUUGAUAUCUCUUUGAGAAUACAAAUGUUAUGACCUCGUCAAUCCGCUCUACUAAAGCAAAUCCCACUUUUCCUUCUCAAAAUCAUUCCCUCUUAACUUGCACAUAUACCUCUCUAAUAUUCAUUUGGAUAUUCAGAUUUUAGAUUAUGAAUCAAAAUCAUCAUUUCAUGGAGGAAUCUCUCUCUCUCUCCCUAUCUUCUCUCUCGCUGCGAGAGUCUCACACACUCGCUCACCUAAUCUCACUUUCAUCUCAUAUUUUCAUUUUUCUUACUUUUCAACUUCCCAGUCAUGAUAGUUACUUAUAAUUACUAACCGUACUCACACUCAUUUACUAUCUAAUCGAAUUACAAUUACAAUAUCUAACAGGUAUUGAAAGGUCAUCUCUUACUUGUUAAGAGAUGACCUUUUUAGGGCAUGGAUAGCUCCUCUUGACUAAAAAAUAUGUUUACCUCUUUAAUAUCACUUCUGGAAAGAAGGGAAAAGAGGUAAACACAACAAAAAAAUGAAACUAACCCAUUGAAAUAGAUUUCAGGUUCAGAACAAAACAGAAACCUUUCUCUAUGUAAUUUAAUGAGCGCUUAUAUCAGUUAUCACAUUAUCUAAUUUAAACCUUUCUUUUGAUUUUCAUGAUAAUCUUGAAACAAGUAAUCAUUUAUCUAUGUUUAAUGCUUUUCCAACGCACGAUUAUUGUAACACUUGAAAUAUCAUUUCUAAAUUUUACACCCAACUGUUUCAUUUCACCGUUAAACAGUUUUAAUAUAAAAUAGUCAAAAUUGUUAAUACUUUAAUUUGUUAAAUUGUUUGUUUUAAUCUAGAUAAAUUUACAACUUUCAAGAUUGUCUCUAUUAUUUAAUAGUUGAAUAUUUUCAACAGAGCUAAGUUUUAACUUGACACAUACAAACAUAACUCUCAAAUAUUCAAUUAAACUUAAUGAAAACAAGCAACGAUUAUCAAUCAUCAUCAUCGCCCCUUUCAUCAUUAUCAUCAUAAUAAAGUAAAUCAUCAAGAGAAAACGUUGAUUAAGUUAAUUUUAAGAUUCAACUCUUCUUGUUUUGUCCCCUUCAAUACGAGCAAUACUUGAUUAACCAAUAGGCAUAUCAAUACUUCUCGACAAUUAGAUAUUGACUUAUUUGUAUUUCUCAUUAUUGUCACCAUUUCUUGGAGCAAAUCAAUCAAGUUAAUCAUUGCUUAUUACAUUAUUGCUUCAAUGUCUCUUUUUCGUUGUUGUUAACCUUUACACGUUUCCUCUUUUAAUUCUUGAUUAACUUAAUCACUCUCUCAAUUUUCACAAAUUGCUCUUUUCUUCUCAAAUAUAAUAGUCUUUCACACUUUUUUGUUGGCCUUUUUGUGACAUUUUGAGAGUCGAUUGGAGACAAAAUAAUUACUUUUUAAAUUUGCUUCACAUGUCUAAAGUUGGUGCAUUAGAUAUCAUGAUUACUUUCAUGAUCAUUAUUAUUGACAUGACAUUCGAUGAUUAGCUUUAUUGAUGAUUAACUCUAUUCAUGAUUUAGCCGCAUCAACAAUACCUCAAUGGCUAUCCAAGCUAUUGAACCUUCAACCUUUAUUUUCCCAAAAAUCCUUGUUUUGAUUAAAACUCCCUACAAUUUUGACAAUCAACAAAUCUUUCUGUAACCUUUAAUCGUUGAAUGACCAACAAUAUUAUUAUGAAUAAUUCCUAAUUACAAUUAUUCCUAUUAUUAUUAUUUACCUCUACAAAUUUAUUGUCUCAACGAAACCUUAAUGCGAUCAAGAUCAAAUAAAAUCAAUAGUUGAGAA